AUGGCGGGAAGUGUGACGGUCUUAUCUACAGCCAGUCUGGAGGAAGCUUUGCUGGCAGAUGAUGGUUCCUGUUUAUUUGAGUUCCUGUUUAGGUACUUUGUUUGGGCCGCGACGGCCCGUUUGGCGGUUGGAAGCGUCGUUCAUCUUACCGGGAUGUUUGCUGGUGUCUUGUGCCAGACGGAAUUCAUGGAUUGUGUUUCUGUCAUGGAUAAAUACUAG